AGACACUUGCUGUAAAAUUUUGAGACAGAAGCGGUUAUUUUGCGCCAAUCCGAGGGGAAGUGAGCUUGAACCCAGCAUAGUCAUCACUUAUCCUCAAGAAGAUUGCAUGUGAGAUGAUUUUACACCUCCCCCAAACCUUAAUAUUUUGCCCAAAAUUAUCCUUAAACCCUAAACCCAGUCCCCAAUUCCUCAAUUGCUCUUCACCCCUUGAAAACCCAACCUCCGAUUCGGGUCUCCGAUUCCGCUCCAAGCUUCUCUAUCUCCAAUCCCUAAAUGUCAAUCCCACUAAAGCCCUUCAAUUAAACCCUAAUUUACGAUCAACCCCAAUUAAGUCAUUCAAAUUCAUUGAGAGUUGUUUAUAUUCAUUCGGUUUAGAACGCUCCGAAUUGGGUCGGAUUCUUGAUAUGUAUCCACAGCUUCUUACAUGUGAACCUUACACUGACCUCUACCCUGUUCUUGACUUUUUGUUGAAUGAUGUUAAAAUCCCGUUUCCCGCUGUUCGAAAAGCGGUGAUUAGGUGUCCUAGACUGCUUAUUUGUGAUGUGGGAAUGCAGUUGAGACCUACAUUGUGGUUUUUGAGGAAGAUUGGGUUUGUGGGGUCUAAUUCGAUUACGUGGCAAACUACAUUGUUGUUGGUUUCGAAUGUGGAAGGGACUUUGAUGCCCAAAUUGGAUUAUUUGAUGAGUUUGGGGCUUAAGUAUGAGGAAGUGGUGAAUAUGGUGUUGAGGUCUCCCGCGUUGUUGACUUAUAGUGUAGAGAAUAAUUUGAAACCGAAAGUUGAGUACUUUUUGGAUGAAAUGAAUGGGGAUUUGGCGGAUUUGAAGAGGUUUCCUCAGUAUUUUUCGUUUAGUUUGGAGCGAAAGAUAAAAAGGCGGCAUCAGCUUUUGUGCGAGCAUUGUCUUUCAUUGCCUUUGUCGGACAUGUUGAAGCCAAGUGAUGGGGAGUUUAGUGCACAUUUGGUUGAAAGGAGACUUCGGUUGUUUGUUGGGAGAAUAUUGUAGUAUGUUUUAUUAUAUUAAAUUGCAUAGACCAUCUGACGUUAAGUGGUAAUAUUUGAUCCUAAAAAGUUGAUUAAUGUCAUCUCUGUGCCCUUUGUUCAAAUGUAAUUUUUACAUUGAGAUGGUAAAAGGUAAAGUAUAUAAUUAUUCUGUUGUCACUACUGAUACUUAGAAUACUAUUCCAAAUUGUACCUAGUAUUUAAUUUUUGUAAGUAGAAUGUGGUGUACCUUGAUCUAACAUGGUUUUAGCAUCAGCUCUUCUGUCAAUAUGCUGUUAUUACUUUUCAUAUAUUUGAACAGUGUAAUUAACUUAUGUCUCUAUGUUACAAUUGCAAAAUCAAAAUGGUUCUCGAGGUGAUAAUUUUGAAGAUGAGAUUUUUUUUUUUUUUGAUAUUUAUAUGUCUUCUUGUUGCUAUAGCAAUGUCCUGUAAUAUAGUUAGUAUUGAUGAUAAAGGACAUAAAUUCUUCAGAAAAUGUAGUAGUUUAGUAAUAAUACUCAGUCUUAUUAAUACUAGAAUUUGGCAUAUACAAAAUUCACACCAUCUUUUUAUGCAGCAGAAAUAACAGUUAUUAAUCUUAUCUGAUCAUUUGAAGGAAACCUUGAAAUUGAUUAGGCAAAAGUUAGUGGACUAUCACCUGCAUUCAAAUUUAAACUUUGCUUACAAAUUUGUCCUGGAAAAGUGUAUUACCAGGGUUUUCAAAAACUUCUCAGAUCAUGAAUUAAAAUGUUCAACUACUAUGAUCAUAUGUCCUCACAGGCCAUAGAGCUAUAAGAUUUUUGAGCUGCACUUUUUAGUAGAAUAGAUUUAUCUUGGCAGCUGCGUAAAGUUGUCCCACGUCCCUUUUUUCCCCAAUGAUCGAUAUCUUAAGUUAGGAUUAGGUUAAAUAAAUUUGUAGUCUUGUUCCUUGAAGCACGGCUAACACUUAAAAGAUAGUUUGUUGCUAUAAAGAUAGUUUUUGCUGAUGAAUAGUAAUGCUUUAGAUAUCAUAAUAUCUUUAUAUGAACCUUUUUUUUUGGGAUUUGAGGUAGUAAAUGGUAUUUGUUAUUUCCUGAAUUGAUGUCUCUUUGAUCACAGAUAUAUGUGCAAAAUUAGGUAUUUUUGUUUUGAACUUCGAAGCAAAGGGUAACUUGAGAGGUCGAAUUUUAUUGUUAAAUUGUAGGCAAGAAGAGUGGUGGACUACAGGCGUAAGGUAAUUCUUGAAGCGAAAUGUCUCGAAAAAAUAAAAAAUAGUGAUUGCUAUUUUCACAUACUAAAACACAAUUUGCUGAGCCAAAUGGUAUUAAUUGGAUAUGGUCAUCUUGGUAGGAAAAAGAAUUUUUAUUUUAUAAAUAUGUAUUUCUGAAGCUCUAUUUCCUCUCAGUUGGUAACCAUAGUAGUCUGCACUUGCAAGAAGUAUGCCAUUUAGAAUGCAAUGGCCAUUUAAAAUUUAUAGGCUACCUCUAUAACUAGUUUCAGUUAUUAAAUUUUGUUGCUUAUAACAUAUGUUUUGAGAUCUUUCUGUGUCUGAGAAUGGUUAAACCAUUAGAAUGUGUGUGCACCUCUGUUACCUGGACACUCCAUUUUUGUCUUUAUACCCGUGUCCUCUGGACAUGACAUGGGUGUGGGAUCUUAGUCGGUUCCUUUUAUUGCAAGUGGACAGUUAACCUUGUAGCAUUCCAGUUCAAAAUGAAAAUUAAGGUCUUGUUACAACUUGUAUAGAAAGAGCAAGGUCCAUAAAAUUGGUUCUCUGUUAUUUUAUUGAUCUUAUGCUGCAAUUUAACAUAAAUAACGAGGUUUAUGUGAUAUAUACAUAGUAGACACUAUUUUUACGAAUAUACAAUCAAUUAAUCUAUAUCAAGUUCCACUCAUGUUAAGCUUACAUGCCGAGUCCCCGCAACCAUAUCUAAAUAUGGUUUUGGAUCCGUAACCAAGAAUCCUAAUUAUUCUGAAACUAAAGACUCCGACUCUUGGAUCUGCACGUGUCCGACACCCGUACCUGAGUCCAGGUAAAUAUGCACGCGAGUUCUUGCUUUUCAUAUAAAUGUAUUCGCACUGCUUGUCUUUGUCAUGGGAACAUUCUUGUCAUCCUUUUCCUGAAAGAAGAAAUAUUACAUGGUACUGGAAGAAAGUGGCUGGUGUAAAAAAAAUGCUGCUUGAUUAAUUCCAGCAGUAUUGAGGCCUACUUGAUUUUGGCUUUCUUGUUGCCCCUUGGCCCUUGCCAUGGUGUCUUUAGAUUAUCGUUUGCUUCUGUCCUUUGUUUAUUAUUUCUUAGUUCUUUUUAGCUUGUUAAUCUCUUUUUCAGUAGGAAAAUAAUAUAGUUUAUCAUUUUAUCUAGGGAAAUUAAUACUGCCCCCUCUCUUACAUAGAGCAUCCAGUAAAGUUUGUUGUCUGUCUGCUGAACUGAAGUUGAAUUAGUUUUACAAUUGCUUCAAUUCUUCUGACCUAUAAUAUUUAAUCGGCUCGUAUAGAUGUAGUCUUGUAGUGAAAGGCCUGGGUCUUGCCAUAUCUUACAGGAGUCUAAGGCUCUAAGCUGUAGAGGAAUUAUUUUUUAUAUAUAUAGUAUACAGAUGCAGUGGUUGUAAAAUGUUAAUCUGCUCUUGCAUUGAUUUAUAGCCUGCCCUACAUAAUUAAUUUCUACACGACCUCCCAGAUUUAUUUCCAGAUUUAGUAAUCUGGACUUGGGUAUGCAGAGAGUGUUUGUUCCAUAGAUACAAGGAAACGGGUACGCUGCCACGAACCGCGAUCUAGAUCGUUCGUACCCGAUACGGUCGGAAACGCGAACGGAAACGUUCAGGGUCGCGACCCAGAUCGCCGGAAGUGACGACCCGCAAGAACACACUUCAUUCUUGUUUUGAACAAUAGAUCCAUGUCUAUGUCAUAUGAUAAGUAAUUUAUUUUAUCAAUAAAUGUGUACUUUUAUUUGUUAUUCAA